CCGCGGUCGGUCUUCGCGCGUCGCGCGUGUUGCGCAACGCGAGCUACGUCUCGCCCGCGUCGUCGUCGUUGUCGUCUGGUCGCGUGUCCCGUUAGCGUCGCCGCGCGCGCGGAAACGGUGAGUUUUCUAUAAAUAGCGAUGUCACGCACGACUCUUGACGCCGAGGCGGACCAGUCCCCGACGUCGAUGGGAGAUAGGAGGAUGGAGAGCGAGCAGCAUCACUACGAGCUUCGCAGCAGGAGCAGGUCGCGCUCCCACACGCCUAUGGUCCCGAGCCGUUCCCUGCUGGAGCCAGAGGUGACGGAACGUCAUUAUGAUCUCAGAAGCUGGAGCCGGGAAAGAUCUCACACGCCGGGAGAGGUGACCAGUAGCAGGCGGUCUGGCUCUAGAUCGUUACCUGGCAACGUGAAGACGCAUGAAAAGAGUAUGAUGGAUACCAUAGAUGAGAGCAAGGAGGGAUCUGUCACGGGAAGUCUGACGGAUAACCAAAGCACGAAGUCCGAGGGUUCCGUCGUCGUCACGAAAAAAGCGGAACGCCGGUCGGAACGCCAGCGGGCCAAAAGGCAAAUAUUUGUCAAUGGCCAGAGCGAAAGUAAGGAAGACGCGUCUGACCAGAAAGCCGAGCGAAGACGCAAGAGCGUUACGCCACGCAGAGUACUUACCAGCGACUACUCGUCCGAGGAGGGAGAGAGGGAAGAUCCCCCGAGCAGACCGGGAUCCGCUUAUGAGAUCUACAAGCAGGCCGGAGAGUGGUGGAACGUUUUUCCGAAGACAGACUAUACGUAUUCGCCGGCGUCGCAGUGUCGUUACGAGAUUGCCCCAGGUAUAUUGGCCAUGCCCAAUAUGUCGAGGCGGUCUAUACACACGAACGACAAUGGAAGUACCGUACCUCAAACCAGUCGUCAGAAUUUAAGUCAGGCUUCGCGAGGAACGACGGAAAGCGGGAUCAGCGACACGGAUACGGUCGAUUUGAAAGAGACCGCUUCUCUAAUUCGUUCGUCCACGGAUAAUUACGACGUGUCACGCGCAUGUAUGUCGAAUUCUUCAAGAGCGACUCUGUACAAAAAGACACACUUAGAACAGUACACAAGUAAAAAGGUGGUUUAUUCGGAGCCUGAAUAUUCAAGUUUUCGGUCAAGAUACUUAUCGUGGGCGACUCCAACUGGGAAAUAUAAUGUAUCUCAGGCUGAUUCUGAUACUGAAUUGGACGAGACUUUUGUAAAUAUAUCGGUCAGAACUAAUCAAAAUUGGAGGAUCGUGCAGUGGUUCACAUAUUUUACAACCUUCAUUGUCGCUUGGUUCAGGAAAACUGUCGAAUUUUUCCAGUUUAGAACGGAUAGGGAAAGGCAGUAUUACGGCGCACAAGCUUAUCGAUUAUCUCACGAAUCCAAAUGGAGCAAAUUGUGGCAAACUUUGGACCGUUAUACGCACAAUGUGUACUUUUUCUUCGUCAGAAUUCUCGUAUUCGACGCUUGGCUGUUGAGUCGGUUCACUGGCGUUAGGAAGUGGCUGCAAGAGAAAGGCCCGAGGAUUUUUUGGAUCGCGCUUCUACCGUUACUUCUUCUGUUUGGUGGUUGGUGCAUAGCACAAUAUUUGUUGCCUCUUCUUGAUGGUAAAACUGUGUCCGAGACCGCGACAGAAAAAUUAUUACCUAAUGUGCAAUGGCAGGAUCGUAAAAUUAAUGAAGAAAUGUUGGCUAAUAAUGAGAUAAUUAAAGAAGACUUAGCUGACAAGGCUGAUUUGGUCAACAGGAUAGAAAUGCUCGAGAAUAGACAGACGCAUCAAAUGGACAAGAUUACUGAUGUGGAAGAUAAACUGGAUGUCAAUGAAGUGACAUUGAAAAAUAUGGUAUAUGGCGAACUUAAAAUCAUCAAGUAUGAAUUUGAGGAACUACGCAAGCUGUACUCGGAAUUAAAAUCUUGUUGCUACGCCAAUGCGGAAUCCAUCGCGAAUCAGAAUAUAGAUAAACAUGUGGAAAGAAUUUUAUUCAGCUAUUUUCCUCCUGGAACUUCGAAAGAAGAUCUCGUGAAAAACCUACAGAAUUUAUUUGCAUCUCAUAAUAGAGAAGAUCAAAAGAGCUCUAAUGAUGAUGCUGACAAUGUUCAUGUCUCGGAAGAGCACAUACGUAAGAUAGUGAAGGAAGUACUGCGAAUUUAUGACGCGGAUAAGACGGGUCAAGUAGAUUAUGCUUUGGAAACAGCAGGUGGUCAGAUUAUUAGCACGCGAUGCACUCAGCGAUAUGACAUAAAGACGAGAGCCUACAGUUUGUUCGGUUUCGCGCUGUAUUACGAAAGCAAUAAUCCGCGGACUGUAAUACAGGGAAAUCCGAUACAACCUGGCGUUUGCUGGGCCUUCCAAGAUUUUCCCGGAUACCUCUUGAUACAAUUGCGAAGUGUCAUUUAUGUAACUGGUUUCACUCUGGAGCACGUCUCCAGAUUGAUUUUGCCGAAUGAGAACAUGUCGAGCGCGCCCAGAAAAUUCAAUGUCUGGGGAUUGUUGCAUGAGAACGAUGUCGAGCCUGUGAUGUUUGGGGAAUACGAAUUCACGUAUUCCGACGAAAGCUUGCAAUAUUUUUCAGUCCAGAAUACAGAGAUCGAUAGGCCAUACGAAUAUAUAGAAUUGAGGAUACACAGCAAUCACGGGCAGCUAGAUUACACGUGCUUAUACAGAUUCCGCGUUCACGGAAGACCAGCUUAGGAAUUGAUAUCGCGCCAAGGUUCCUCUUCACAAAACAUUCGCAAGAUCGUUCAAGCAGUAGCAAGAACGAGCCGUAACUCUUCUCCAAUACGUGCCUUUGACUACCGUUAACGAUUAACAAUUGGCGCGACUUGCCACAGCACUUGUAACUAUAAUUGUGAAUAGAUCGAUUAUUUAACGCUUUUGUAAUAGAUUUUCAACGAUCAAGACAUUUCAUACACCCGCCGAUAUUUAAUACGCACGAGGCGGAAACCGUUUCCGUCAUCAUAUAAACGCGUCGAACACUGUAUAUACAUUCAACAACGUCAAUAAUUUAUACUGAUGAAAAAAAUUGCACGAUUGGGUCAAGCAGGAUAACAAUUACUCAACGAGUAUCAGCUCGAUCUACAAUUAUUGCCUAUAUAUAAUAUCUUCACUACAUGGCCUUGCUAUAGCAGUUACCCAAGUAAACCACCCUAAAAGAAUGAAAGAAUUUCGUACAUAUCUCUUGUUCGACAAACGCGAGAGAUCGAUCGGGAGUAAAUAAAUGGACAAGAACGGUUUCGUAAUUUCGUAGGGAAUCUCGGGGGUAAGAAAAAGAGGAAGAGAGAGAGAAUUUGUCUGUAUUAUGCAUAAUACAGACUCUCAUAAUACAGACGAACUCUCUCCUCUCUUUCUCUCUCUGUAAAUACCGAUUUGGCAGCGUCACGUGCAAGACUGACACUUCAAAAGUUACCCCAAAGCUGAGUGUGAGUCAUAAUAUUCAUAAUAAUGCGACAGUACAAACUAUAAGGGAUCGUAACGAUCAAUUUAAUUAGCUAAGUACCAUUAAUUACUAAUUUUUAAGUGUGCAACACCGCGAGUGAUUAUCGACCGCCUUUGUAAGGAUCUAAACGAUUAAAACUGCGGCAGGAACACGCCUCGAUUGUAUACACAUAUAUUUAUAAGAUAUUUAAGUAAGUUCUCAUUUCUUUUUUCUCUUUCUUUUUUUUUUUAUUUUACGAUCGUGAUGCGCACGUAAUGUUCAGCGUCGUUGGUGGCGGGUCGACCCUCGCCACGUCGAAAAUGCGAUUACCAUCGCGUUUGUUUUUAUCAUCUUUCCGUACGCGCUAGCCGCAUGUUUAUAAAUAAAAUAUGCAAAUAAAAAUUGCGUUUCACUCAA